GAGGAUGUUCUGACCCGCUCUCUCUCCCCCUCUCUCUUUAUGCAGUGAGCAGACCCCCGGUGUAGUGACAGAAGAUGCUUCCUGUGCUGAUCUGUGCCCUGGUCUCUCUGAGCUUGGCCGACAACUUUGACACAGCAUACCCUGAACUGGAGCACUACAGAACCAUCUAUGUACAAGGUAGACACCAGUGUGUGUGUGUGUGUGUAUGACAUCCAUCUGCAUUGAUAGUCUAACACCUCUAAUUGAAAGUCGCCCUGGUUAAGAGUGUCUGCUAAAUUACCGAAAUGUAAAUGUACCUGUCUCUGUGUUUUGUUUAUGACACACACUCCUGGAAUGUCUCCUGUAGUUUCAUAGUAUCAUCUUAUCUCUCUGUGUGUGUGUAUGUGUGUGUGUGUGUGUGUGUGUGUGUGUGUGUGUGUGUGUGUGUGUGUGUGUGUGUGUGUGUGUGUGUGUGUGUGUGUGAGCGUGUGUGUUUGUUUGCGCACGCCUGUGUGUGUGUAUCCUCACGCACUGCAACUGUUGAAUGAGAGAGAUAGGGCAGCUAUGUGGGGUCUUGUUUUCUCUGUGUGAUAACCUAUCUGCUAUCUCUUUUUAUUUGGGCUGUAGAGUCAGAUUGCAGGUCAGAUAUGUCACUGUUGGUGUCAUGUUUAGAAAGCAGGUGCAGUGAAUGUGUAUUGGCUACUGCACUCUUUCUGCAGUGACAAUAUAAAGGAGGUUUUACCACAUACAGUACUAUGGUAGAGUGUGGUACCAGCAGUAGCAUGUGUAGCGCAGCUCUCCAACUAAAACAGUAUACUGUACUGUGUGUGUGGUAAGCAGUUCUGUUGAACUAUUGUGUAGAAAUUAGCUUCAGCAUCGAUCGUAGUUUCAGGAGGCAGAUUCACUGACUUGGCUGGAGAGAGGAAGCGCUAACUCACUCCUAUAGUCAGUAUAGGACUCCUAUAGGAUCAAUCAGUCAGUCAGUGUAGCAUGGGUCCCUAUGGUCCUAACAGGGAUAUACAGAUGUAGGAUCUUAAUUUGAUCACUGUUUUAUUGCUGAGAGUUUUCCUGCACAGCAGGAAAUGUAAACUUGUAGUGUAUUCAAGGUUUUAAAAGGUUUCUAAAGUUUGUAAUUUCCAUUUGAAAAUGUCAGACUUGAUUUGCCCUAACGAAAAAUGUAUAAUUCCCUACUAUUUUCAUGAAUUAUAAUCCACAUUUCUUGUUGCUGCAGGAUUAUUUUCCUUCUGUAGCAAACUGGCAAAAAUUUAACGACAUUUCUAAAAAUCUUCAGCACCACUCCAACAUCAACAUUUGUGAAAAUUUGCGCUUUCUAGGUUUUGUAGUAAAAAAGAUAGAGGAAGAUAAGUUUCCAAUGACAUCAUCGGUGUGCAUCGUGUGAUUUUAACCAAUUAUGAGUAGGCAUUGCCUACUAAUUGCCUACUAAAUGUCUACUAAUUGGUUGAUGAUGUCAUUGGAAACACUUAUCUUCCUCUAUCUUUUUUACUAUAAAUCAUAGAAACGCGCCAUUUUCACAUAUGUUGAUGUUUGGGUGGUGCUGGAGGUGAUGAAUAUGAAGCAAUUAUUUCUUUUUUUCUUCUUUAAGAUCCUAGUGGAACUGAUAAACACAAUUCAUAACUUGUGUGUAACCAUGGUAGGGUAGACAAUUCCCAGAGUGCAGUCAGAGGAUUGGGGGUUGGAGCAAGGGGUUGGGGGGGGGGGACAUCUGAGGAUCAUACUACAGAGGAUGGUCACAGCAUUGACUGAGGACGCUCCAUUGUGUGCAUUACAUAGUGCCUCCUGACAUAUUAUACUUAUCAAUUCGCUCCACACCAGGAAGAGAGGAUUACAUCAACAUCAAACACAAGAUGAGGUAGUGAUGGAAUGCACAGUCAAGCUGUAUUAGAGAAAACCCUGUAACCAGAUUCUGUUUAAGGGGGUGGGGGUGUUUGGAGCAACAAGGUCUCACAGUCUCAAUGCAGAUUUAGACGUUCAUCUACGUUCUCCAAACGUCAAAUUUCAAAGUGUUUUUGUCGCUCCUGCUGCUCUGUAUCGUUCUAUUUCUCCAAACGUCAAAUUUCAAAGUUAAGGGUUAAGUUUAGGCACUCAUUCCAAAUGGGUCAAGUAAGGGUUAAGGUUUGGGAUAGGGUUCAAACAAAAAAUGUAAAACUAGUGUCCACGACUGGGAUCAACCUUCUGAGCCAGAAAUCAUGGGAUUACGCCCAGUGGUGGAAAAAGUACCUAACUGUCAUACUUGUGUAAAAGUAAAGAUACCUUAAUAGAAAAUGACUCAAGUAAAAGUGAAAGUCACCCAGUAAAAUACUACUUGAGUAAAAGUCUAAAACUAUUUGGUUUUAAAUAUACUUAAGUAUCAAAAGUAAAUGUAAUUGCUAAAAAAUACUUAAGUAUCAAAAGUAAAAGUAUGAAUCAUUUCAAAUUCCUUAAAUUAAGCAAACCAGACGGCACAAUUGUCUUGGGGCACACUCCAACACUCAGAUAUAAUUUACAAAUGAAACAUUUGUGUUUAGUGAGUCCGCCAGAUCAGAGGCAGUAGGGAUGACUAUUUUCUGUCCCGCUAAGCAUACAUUUUUUUACUAGUACUUUUGGGUGUCAGGGAAAAUGUACGGAGUAAAAAGUACAUUAUUUUCUUUAGGAAUGUAGUGAACUAAAAGUAAAAGUUGUCAAAAAUAUAAAUAGUAAAGUAAAGUACAGAUACCCCAAAAAACUACUUAAGUAGUACUUUAAAGUAUUUUUACACCACUGAUUACGCCUAUCCACCACCCCCAUCCACAACGCCCUAGGAAAACCCAAGUCUACUUGAUGGUACUAGUGCUCACUGUUUCCCCUGGUGGCCGGUUUUGAAGGUAUUUCCCGACAUCUUCAGGACAUGGAUAAACGUCCAAUUUCGACGUUAAUCUUGAACGAUCUCCCUGGUUUGGAGUGAUUUUUAUACAUGGUUUUGGAAACAGAUUUGUUUGCGUGUGGAUGUAAAUGUGUUUGAAGUGUAAAUACAUGUUAAUGAGUCCCUUAGCAGAAUGUUAUUAUGUGUGGUUGACUGGCAGUAGUUCAUAUUAUUAUUAUAUCUAUAAGCAUCAUUAUAACUACAUCAUUAUCUCAUAGACAGAUUUCUGGAACCUGAUGUUUGACUACAGGGGUUCUCCUAAUACACUGGUCACUUACAUCAGCAUUACACAACAUGCUACAAAAAUACAAUGCAGAACUAUAUUGUUUAAAUCAAAAUUACACCAACAUGGUGUAUGUGACAGGGAUGAACAACCUAGCUUUUGUGCUUCACUUGGGAUAAAAAGAGAUGGGAACUAUUUAGCUAUUGAGCAAGCCUCUGCUUCCAUGCCUAGAUCUUGCUAGUCAAUUUCAUAUGGCAUAAUGUGAUAACAAACAGGUUAAAUACCAUUCAGAGAAAAUAAACCAGCCCGUUUGUUGAUAAGAUACAGAGAACCAAACAAUGGGUUAGUGUUGUUGUUGAAGUUAGGAAUAGAGAGUGAGAGAGAUACUGUAUGAGAGAGAAAUAAAUACUAAUGGUUUAACCCAUUCCUUUAUUACAGAGAAUGGCCCUCAGCUCUCUGUGGUGACGGAGCAGUCCAAGGUGGUGUCGAGGCGGGGAGGUAAUGCCACCCUGCCCUGUAAGUUCCACAGGGAUGUGUCACUGCCAGCCAACCCCAAACUGAGGAUCAAAUGGACCAAGCUGACAUCAGACUACCUCAAAGAGGUGGGUUUCCACUCGAAUCAAUGUCAUAAAACUGUAAUCAAAACCCCUUUUCUAUAUAAUGCACUACUUUUGAUCAGAGUCAGAUACUGUACAGGUCUGGUCAACAAUAGUGCACUAUGUGGAAUAGCCUAUGUUAUAAAAGAGACUAGGACAGGGGUAGGCAACUAGAUUCAGCCGCAGGCUGAUUUUUGUCGGUUGAUGGUCGGGGGGCCGGAACAUAAUUAUAAUCAUUUGUUCACUGCAAAUUGACCACAACUAAGCCCAAAAAGAGAUUGUAUUUGAAAAUAACAAUCAUUUCAUACCUUGAUUACAUUGAGACACAAACUAUUUUUUUUAUUCGUGGGUGUACUUGUGAACAGAUUUCCUGAAUUAAACACAUUUUUGCUGAAUUCCUGGUGAUUUUAAUGUUUUCUUUGCCCAGAAAAUGUAAUUCCCCCCAAAAUAUAUAUACUGUACAUCUUCAGCACCACUCCAACAUCAACAUAUGUGAAAAUUGAGCUUUUCUAUGUUUUGUAGUAAAAAAGACAGAUGAAGAUAAGUUUCCAAUGACAUCAUCGGUGUGUAUCGUGUGAUUUUAACCAAUUAUGAGUAAGCAUUGCCUACUAAUUGAAUACUAAAUGUCUACUAAUUGGUUGAUGAUGUCAUUGGAGACACUUAUCUUCCUCUAUCUUUUUUACUAUAAAUCAUAGAAACGUUGUUUUUUUACUAAAACUUUGUGGGGCCAAAGUAUCAAUAGGAGUGUCAUUCCACCAAUUCGGUACAUUUUGGGAAGUGUAACUUGGCCCCAAAAAAAGAUUUCACCAAAUGUUUACAUUCUAUCAUAAAGAGCACAAAUGUUCAACUUCAUAAAACACUUCAUUUUUCCAUCUCAAGAGGUUAAAUAAAAAACAUUACUAUAGUAAGUACCUAUUAAGUGCCAAAUAAAGUAACAGGGUUGACCGUAGCAGGUUGACUGUAACAGGGUUGACGAUUUCAUUUUAAAUCAGCCGUAAAUCCCCAUGUGACAGGGGGAAUGGAAGCUUGUUGUGUGCAAAAGGAAGGGGCAAUUGAAUGGAAGCUUCACAAAAAAAAAAAAAUAUAUAUAUAUAUAUAUAUAUAUAUAUAUAUAUUUAAACAUUUCUAGCCUGUCUAUCUAUGGGUAACAGGGUUGAAGUGUUAUGCUUGGUCCACACAAUUUUCCACAACACAACACCAGAAAAUGGCCAAAAAGAGUAGAACCAGCUCACCUACUUUUACACUAUGAUUUGACUAUUAGAUGUUCAAUAUUAAUUUUGAACAAAAAUAUUUAAAAAGGAAUAUUUUUACCAUAUUAAAAUGACAGUUCAGUUCACGUAACAGGGUUGACCUUAAAAUGAGGGACAGACGUAAAUGUAGACUAAUCACAUUAAAUAAUAAUCUUCUAAAUGGACUUGUCAAAGCGACAAAAUAACUAGGGCUUUACAAUUAUGGUGAAAACUUGGAGAAAUGUUAAAGUUAAGUGGGUUAAAAUCUUUCUAGAAGUCACACAGGGUGCAAGGAGGGAUGUCAAAAUGCUGAAUUAUUCAUAUUGAAAAUCUGAUUUAUUGAAUUCCCCAUGUGGUCUAUAUUAAGAGGGACUUCAUUUAAUGUAACAUGCUUUUACAAUUCAAUAUUGGUGCACAAUUUCUACUUAAAAUAUCAAAGAGAUGCAAAAGGCACUCAUUUCGUGGAAUGACCCAGGAUCUAACUGAUGCCGUCACUUACAAAUCCUUCUUCUUCUUGUUCCAGGUGGAUGUCUUUGUUGCCAUGGGUUUCCACAAGCGGAGCUAUGGACAUUUCCAUGGACGUGUCUACCUACUGGACUCGGCCCCCGCGGAUGCGUCGUUGGUCAUCACAGAACUCACACUGGAGGAUUAUGGGAGAUAUAAGUGUGAGGUCAUCGACGGGUUGGAAGAUGGAACGGGCCGUGGUGUCUCUGGACCUGCAAGGUAACACACACAUUUCAACACACACAAACACACAAUUUCACAGUGUGUCCUCACUGCAGUCUGACUACACAACAGCUAGUAUUCAAUAUGGACUCUGUUUGACAAAAGUUUUUGAGAGAACCGUCCUUUGGUAAAGUCUAUUUACUGUGUAAACUCCGUAGCAGCCUGUCCUUGUCUAAAUGGCCCAUGGUUCUGGCUAUAUAUAGCACCGCUAGCUGAGACUACCCAGGAGGACUUUCAGGGGCACACACACACACACACAGUCAGGCCGGAGUAAUGCAGUUCAUCAUUUAGGUUUCCAUUCCUGGCACUCCUCCAAGGAACAGGGUAUAACUCCAUGCAUCACCCAGCUAGACCUGCUCCAUUAAAUAUGAGAAUGAUCAACUAUUACUGCCAUCAUCAGAGCUACAGCACAUAACAAUGGAAUAAAAAUUGUAGGAUUUGAUCAAAUGCUAUAAGCUAAUGGGGUUUAGCUAUUAUUAUAUACAGUAUAUAUAUUUUUUACAACUUAUGUUUUGUUUUCCACCUGUUUAAGAUUAAGUGAGUAUAUAAAACCCAAAGCAAAUGGAUGUUUUAUGAAUUGCUGUUAAGGUGUUGACUCUCUCCUCUCUCUCUCUCUCCCCCACUCUCCCAGGUAUCGUCUACCCAUACUUCCCUCGGCUGGGUCGUUACAACCUGAACUUCUUUGAUGCUGAGCGGGCGUGUCGCGAGCAGGACUCCAUCGUGGCGUCAUUUGACCAGCUGUAUGAGGCAUGGCGUGGGGGUUUGGACUGGUGCAACGCGGGGUGGCUGAGUGAUGGAUCUGUCCAGUAUCCCAUCACCACCCCCAGGGAACCCUGUGGGGGCAAGAACACUGUCCCCGGGGUACGCAACUACGGCCUCAGAGACAAGGAGAAGAACAGAUACGACGUGUUCUGUUUCACCUCCAACUACAAAGGUGAGAGUAUGUGUGGGGGUGUGUGUGUGUGUGUUUGCGUGUGUGUGUACAUGUGUAUCUAACCCGCUCCCUCCCUCUCUUAGGGCGGUUCUACUACCUGAUCCACCCCUCCAAGCUGACAUAUGACGAGGCUGUGCGUGCGUGUCAGAAGGACGGAGCUCAGAUCGCCAAGGUGGGCCAGAUGUAUGCUGCCUGGAAGCUAUUGGGCUACGACCGCUGUGACGCCGGCUGGUUGGCUGACGGGAGCGUCCGUUACCCCAUCACCCGCCCCCGUAGGCGAUGCAGCCCAACGGAAGCUGCCGUGAGGUUCAACGGCUACCCUGACAAGAAACACAAGCUGUACGGAGUCUACUGCUUCAAGGGCCACAACUGA